UUGCUUUUAAUUUAUACUUAAUAUGAAUUACGUCACGUGAUAUUCCAUAUUUGAUCCGCUAUUGGACGGUCGCUGAGGAACGUCACUAUAAACUAAUGAUACAGUUUAAAGUGUUAUGUUCGUGUUGUCAGUAUUCAGUCAGUCAAAAGUUGUCGAUGUGUCUCGUGCUCUUUUUCAGUAGAACCUCUUCCGUGUUUCUGUGAGCGGAAGUUGCGCUAAAGCUCGAGAUGAAUGUGAGGGAAGUCAGUUUUAUCUUCAUCUUUAUUCUCGCUCGUGUUGUCGCCAAACAGCCGAAUAUCGUCCUUAUAUUGGCGGAUGAUCUGGGCUGGAAUGAUGUGGGAUAUCACGGUUCUGAGAUCAGAACUCCUCACGUGGACCGGUUAUCGGCUCAGGGGGUUCGGCUCGAGGGUUAUUACGUGCAGCCGCUGUGCACUCCGUCCAGAAACCAGCUGAUGACCGGAAGAUAUCAGAUUCACACGGGUCUCCAGCAUCAGAUCAUCUGGCCGUGUCAGCCGUACUGUGUUCCUCUGGAGGAGAGACUCCUGCCACAGAUCCUGCGUGACGCCGGUUAUAACACACACAUGGUGGGCAAAUGGCACCUGGGCAUGUUCAAGAGAGACUGUCUGCCCACACACAGAGGCUUUCAGUCGUUUUUUGGUUACCUGACGGGUUCUGAAGAUUAUUACACCCAUCAGAGAUGUUAUUUCAUCUCUCCUCUGAACAUCACUCGCUGCGCUCUGGACCUGCGUGACGGUGAAAAUGUGACCACACGUUACACGGGCCGAUACUCCACAGAACUCUUCACACAGAGAGCCACGGACAUCAUUCAACAGCACACGCCUGACAAACCUCUCUUCCUGUAUCUGGCGCUGCAGGCGGUUCAUGGGCCCGUGCAGGUACCCGAGCGCUACGUCACCCCCUACAGUUUCAUCAAGAAUAAACUGAGGCGAGAGUACGCAGGGAUGGUGUCUGUGAUGGACGAAGCCGUGGGGAACUUGAGCAAAGCUCUUCAGGAUGCAGGACUGUGGAACAACACUGUGCUGGUGUUCUCAACAGAUAAUGGUGGUCAGACGCUCACAGGAGGAAAUAACUGGCCUCUGCGAGGAAGGAAGUGGUCACUCUGGGAGGGUGGAGUCAGAGGUGUGGCCUUUGCGGCCGGACCACUGAUCGAGCGGCCAGGAACUGUCAGUCAAGAUCUCAUUCAUAUCUCUGAUUGGCUGCCUACUUUUGCGGGUCUGGCCGGUGCAUCGACCAAUGGCUGUAAACCUCUGGACGGUUUUAAUGUGUGGGACACUAUCAGUCGUGGUGAAGCGUCUCCUCGAGUUGAACUCUUGCACAACAUCGACCCGCUGUAUGUAGACAUCGCUCCCUGUCAUGAGGAGUCCGGUGAUUUCCUGGAGGAGUCUCUGCGGCACUCAGCACCUCGGCCGGUCGCUCUUGAGGACCUCUCUGGAUUUAACGUGUCGGUUCACGCUGCCAUUCGACACAAGAGCUGGAAACUUCUCACAGGUUACCCAGGAUGUCCACUCUGGUUUGCGCCCCCUGGUGGUGGUCAGAUGAACGUUUCUGAGCAGCUGAACCAGGUCAUGCUGUUUAAUGUGGAGAAGGAUCCUGAGGAGCGUGUGGAGAUUUCUCAUCAGCACCCAGAGAUCGUCAAUUUCCUUCUGAGACGUCUGCAGUAUUACCAGAAAGAGGCCCAGCCAAUCACCUUCCCUCCUGAUGACCCCCGCUGUGACCCUGGACCCUCCGGAGCCUGGGGACCCUGGCAGUGAGCAAGAUGAUGAUGUGUGUCGGUGUGUGUGUCACGUGUGGCCUUGUUUUUAUAUCCCAUUGGGGACCUAAACCUGAAUACACACCAACUCAUGGGGACCUGUGUCACCUGGACCAAAACUGAGAUCCCCACGGAUAAAAGCGUAUUAAUCGUACAGAACAAUAUAUUUUUUUUUAAAUGCAAAAAUAUUCUAUGAUCUUUAUGUGUAAGGGAUCAAAUAUACAGUUUGUACAGUAUAAAAAACUGUACAAAAUUAUGCCUAUGGACUGUCCCCACAGAGAUAAUAAACCAGACCUGUGUGAGUGUGCUUGUCUUUGUGCGUGUGUGUCUUUGUAUGUGUGUGUGAUGAUGAGUUGUGUUCACUGUAGCAGCAGGUCUGUUCUGCAGUGAAUAAAUGUCACUCUUAUCUUCGUACACUGCGGUGGGCUGCCUGAGACCAGUUUUUUCUGCACCUGUGCGUUUAUUGCACAAAUUGCUUCUUUUGUUUUCCUCUACUUUGUAAGUCACUUUGUAUAAAAGCAUCUGCUAAGUGACUAAAUUUAAUAUCUCAUCAGAAAAAUCAACAGAUAAAUCCACUUUAUGAAAGAGAACAUGUUUUAUAUAUUUUGUUUAUAAGGGUUUUUCAAUCAGAUUAGUCCGAAUGAUUAUCUGUCAUGUUGAAAUAUGAAUAAUAAAUGUUUAGAAGUCGUA